GACGGGCAGGGCGCAUGACCGUGGCGGUACGUUUGACGUCACCAGGACGAAGGACACAACAAACCCUGCACUGUAAGGCUCAACAAAAACAAACUGACAACGCAAGCACUUGGUCGGCAUUAAGAUCCCGCUAUGAAACUAACUCUGCGACGCUACUCCUGGGUGCUCAUGCUCCAGCUCACCCUGUUGGGAGUUGAUCUAGCCUUCAACUCGUUUGGACCGGCGCUGGCUAGAAACCGAUUGCAGUCAGCAAUAUUUUUCUUUGUCACCCAGGACGCUCUGAUCAUUGCGGAGUACCUGCUUUUCACUCUGGCUCUACACUCAACCUGUGUGUACCAAGUGGGCGCCUCCCACAUAAUUCUUCGGAACUGCAAGCUCUUCAUGGCCAGCACUACCAUUUACUUCCUACUGUCUGCCUCCCAGCACUUCUGGAUCAUCUACCAAUACCAUCAUGGUCAGAAUUGGCCAUUGGGUCUGAUUGCUUUAUCAGUGGGACAACGCAUAAUGUCGGUUUUCUAUUACUAUAGCUCCAAGUCUACGGCUCUUACCAUGGCAGAUCCUCGCUUUAAGGAAGAACAUCUGGACUGGAUCGCAGAACAGCUGGGCGAUAAGUAAUAAAUUAUUUAAAAGACGAGAUGCGUAGCUUGGGGUAAUAAGGCUCAGAAUUAUUUAAAAUUCAAUAUACAAAAAUCUCAUCAAAAUAUAAAUGCAAGGCAUAUAGUAAGGCUUAAUUGGAAUUGGAAUCUCAUUUACAAGAUACCCAUAAAUAUAAUAUUACUACAAAUUAUUGACAAAUACUAUUAAUCAUUCUCAACCACAACUACACGAUACACACAAUUUUAUUAAGGGGGUAUGGUAUUUAAAUUUUUGUUUGCCUAUUUGUUUUUUUUUCUGGAUGCAUUAAAAUUGCGUUAAAAUUUUGCGUUAAAAUUUUAGAUUGAUCCGAGUAAAACUUCCGAUCCUAUAGGUAGUUGAACGUAGGUGAGCUAGCUCGUUUUGUAUUCGAUUUUUUGGUGUCUAAAACUGUAAACACUCUUCUUAAAAGUUGCCAUUUCAAAGACGCUGAACACGAUCCUGCAACAUAUACUGGACGAAUCGUUUUGAAAUUUUGCACACUAUUUCUGUACCUAAUUCCUCAGGUACAGACACCAAUGUUUUUUUUAAUGAUUAUUUUUCAUUUUAUAAUAAAAAAUAUAUCGAAUUUUUAGGCUAAAUUCACGUUUUUGACUUUAAAGUGUUACCAAAAAUCCAAAAAUUAAAUAAAAAAACUUAACUUAGUUACCUUUAGAAACAUCUUAACUAAUAAACAAUUUUUUUUUAAU